AUGCUGCUGACUCUCUUAUCCGUCCUCGCCUGCCUCUUCAGCGCUGCUCUCGGUGCUCCCACAAGUACCGAUCUUGCCCUCCGUGCUCCUGCGAGCACCGAUCUUGUCGGCUCGCAUAAGGAGCUCAUGCCUACCGUGGACGACAGCAAAGCUCUCAGCAUCGUUGGCAGACCUUACAAACUGAACUACGAAUUCAUGCUCUGGAUGCUAGUCUAUGAAUCAUACAGUCAUCCUGAUCAGGUCGACAGUAUGAUGUCGACGACAGAAUUACUACCUCAAGAAAUGAACAUGAGAGAUUGCUGCGUAGCAACAGCCACAGUACAGUUCCGUGUGUCUCGUGACGAGGCCGGAAAGGAGCUCACAAUCACGAUGGAUUGCGGCGAAAAACACUCGCAGAAUGGUGAGGACUGUUCGGAUGAAGUCUAUCAGGCAGGCGUAAAGAAGAUCAACGAUAGUGUCGACUGGAACGUCAGCAAUGAUCCAUGGGGUUAG